AUGUCUCCGCCCGCGAUAAUAGCUCCCUCCAUCCUCUCCGCCGACUUCGCCGCCCUCGGCCAAGCCUGCGCCGACACCAUCGCCCAAGGCGCCGACUGGCUACACAUCGACAUCAUGGACGGCCACUUCGUGCCCAACAUGACCUUCGGCGCCCCCGUCGUCACAAAGAUCCGCCGACACGUCGACCCGCCGAAGAAAGCGUAUGGGAAGGGCACCUUUGAUUGUCAUAUGAUGGUCAUGGAGCCCAAACGCUGGGUCAAGGACUUCAAAGCCGCGGGCUGCAACCUCUACUGCUUCCACUACGAAGCCGCCGUCAACUCGACCGCGGCCGACACGCCCUCGGGCACGAGCGACGCCAAGACCAGCCCCAAGGAGCUGAUCCGCUACAUCCACGACCAAGGCCUGCAGGCCGGCAUCGCCAUCAAGCCCGGCACCGCCGUCGACGUGCUGUGGGACAUUCUCGACAACCCGGUCAAGGAGGAGGUGCCGGAUAUGGUCCUCGUCAUGACCGUCGAGCCCGGCUUCGGCGGGCAGUCCUUCAUGGCCGACCAGCUGCCCAAGGUCACGAAGCUCCGCGAACGCUACCCGGACCUGCCCAUCGAGGUCGACGGCGGCUUGUCGGAGAAGACGAUCGCGCCCGCCGCCGAUGCGGGGGCUAACGUCAUUGUUGCCGGCAGCGCCGUGUUCGGUGCGGCGGAUCCCGGCCAGGUGAUUGCGCGGUUGAGGGAGGAGGUCGAAGGGAGGAGGAAGUGA